AUGCAUUCUGGGCCGAAGCAAGAAGCAGGGCUGCAUGCGAGUAUUUUGGAUACGACGUCGUUUCAUUCGACACCACCUACAACACAGAUAGAUAUUCGGUACAAUCUUGUUUUUGGUUCUUUUGUGGGUGUGAAUCACCACGAUCAGUCGACACUUCUCGGAUGCGAUCUGAUGAAAAACGAGGACAUCCAAUCAUUCAAAUGGCUAUUCGAGUGUUGGCUCCGUUGCAUGGGAGGGAAGGCACCAAAAGGCAUUUUCAUUGACCAAUGCGCAUCGAUGCAAAAGGCCAUCGAGAUGUGCAUGCCAACAACAAUUCAGCGGUGGUGCAUCUGGCACAUCAUGAAGAAAAUCCCAAGCAAACUAAACGGCUACAAGCGACACAAAGAAAUUGAACAAGAGAUGAGCCACAUCAUUUGGAACUUGUUUACAAAAGACGCACUCGACAGAAACUGGAACGAUUUUGUCACAAAGUUUGGCGUCGGAGAAAAUAAGUGGCGUUCAGAGCUAUACGAAGAUCGCCAUUUAUGGAUUCCAGUUUACCUGGAUCACUACUUUUGGGUCGGGAUGAGAAGUACACAAAGGAGCGAGAGCAUGCACACAUUUUUCAACAAGUUCAUCACAUGGAACAGCUCCUUAAUUCAAUUUGUGAAGAAAUACGAUAAUUGCCUAGCAAGCAGAGAGCAAAGAGAGAAAGAAUUUGAUGCUACAGAUAUUCACACCGUGAUACCAUGCGCAACAAAAUCAGUAAUAGAGGACCAAUUUCAGCACGUGUAUACCCACGAGAAGUUUAGGGAAGUUCAAGCACAAUUCAGAGGAAAGUUGCACUGUGGUACACAAAAUUGA